AUGAAUCAAUCUUAUCAACUGCCCCCAAGUGUUCAGAUCUUUAUCAACAUGAAUCAAUCUUAUCAACUGUCCCCAAGUGUUCAGAUCUUUAUCAACAUGAAUCAAUCUUAUCAACUGCCCCCAAGUGUUCAGAUCUUUAUCAACAUGAAUCAAUCUUACCAACUGUCCCCAAGUGUUCAGAUCUUUAUCAACAUGAAUCAAUCUUACCAACUGUCCCCAAGUGUUCAGAUCUUUAUCAACAUGAAUCAAUCUUACCAACUGUCCCCAAGUGUUCAGAUCUUUAUCAACAUGAAUCAAUCUUAUCAACUGUCCCCAAGUGUUCAGAUCUUUAUCAACAUGAAUCAAUCUUACCAACUGCCCCCAAGUGUUCAGAUCUUUAUCAACAUGAAUCAAUCUUAUCAACUGUCCCCAAGUGUUCAGAUCUUUAUCAACAUGAAUCAAUCUUAUCAACUGUCCCCAAGUGUUCAGAUCUUUAUCAACAUGAAUCAAUCUUACCAACUGCCCCCAAGUGUUCAGAUCUUUAUCAACAUGAAUCAAUCUUACCAACUGUCCCCAAGUGUUCAGAUCUUUAUCAACAUGAAUCAAUCUUACCAACUGUUCCCAAGUGUUCAGAUCUUUAUCAACAUGAAUCAAUCUUACCAACUGUCCCCAAGUGUUCAGAUCUUUAUCAACAUGAAUCAAUCUUAUCAACUGUCCCCAAGUGUUCAGAUCUUUAUCAACAUGAAUCAAUCUUACCAACUGCCCCCAAGUGUUCAGAUCUUUAUCAACAUGAAUCAAUCUUACCAACUGUCCCCAAGUGUUCAGAUCUUUAUCAACAUGAAUCAAUCUUACCAACUGUUCCCAAGUGUUCAGAUCUUUAUCAACAUGAAUCAAUCUUACCAACUGCCCCCAAGUGUUCAGAUCUUUAUCAACAUGAAUCAAUCUUACCAACUGUCCCCAGUGUUCAGAUCUUUAUCAACAUGA